AUGAAUGUGAACGGUGUGGCUAUAGUCUUGGCGGUGAUAUUCUGUGCUACAGCUGUGCAAGGUUUCCCAAUGUUCAAAGGAGGACGUUGUCUUUGCACAGGCCCUGGAGUAAAAGCAGUAAAAGUGGCAAAUAUUGAGAAAGUCUCUAUAAUUUACCCAAGUAACAACUGUGACAAAACAGAAGUGAUUAUCACCCUGAAAGCACAUAAAGGACAGCGAUGCCUAAAUCCCAAAGAGAAGCAAGCAAGUAUUAUCAUAAAGCUCGAGAGAUGAAAUUUUUAAGACAUCAAAACAUCUGAUGUCCUGGAAAAAAAGGAUAUGAAAAUU